CACUGACAAGGCAGGAACAGACUAACCGGACGACAGCAAUGUCUCUCCUGUCCUUAACCAACCCUCCUGGCUGGAGCGUGUGCUCUGCUCUCUGGAUCCUUAUGGUGUUGCUUCCAGAGGCCAAAUCAGACAACCUGAACACUACCACUCAGGGUAAUGGCGGGGGAUCCCAGUGUGGAGAAUACACUAACCAGGUGUUGGAGGAUGGGAUGUGUCGACUGGUGGCCACAUUGCCUCAGCUGGACGAGCAGAAAUGCCCGGAUAUGUUUCGCUGCACAGAUGAGGUGUCCUACUGGCUGCACGAGAACGAGGAGAGGAAACAGCAGAUUGUGGCUCUGAAGGAAACCAUCUCUGAGCUGCAGGAGGAGCUGAGGAACCAUCGGCACCGCAUCAAAGUCCUCGAGCUGCAGAGUGAAGAGAGGAACCACGUGAAUAUCUCCUUGGAGCAGCGUUUUCAUGAGUUGGAGGUUCACUAUUCUGAAGCCAGUACCCUGCUGCACCUACAGGGCACUCUGAUCCUAGACCUCCAGAGCCAACUCCAUAAUCUGACACUUUUGGUGGACAGAGUAAAAAGAAGCCCUGGGUGCUCGAUCAAUAUCGUCCGUCCCAACCCACUGAUGAGUGCUCAAGAAGCUCUGCACCCAGAGAUUCAGCAUGUGAGGAACUGUCCCAUAGACUGUGCUUCCAUCUACUACAAUGGAGUGAGGAGAUCAGGUCUCUACACGAUAGUGCCAUCUCUGGCCAGCAUGCCAGUGGAGGUCUACUGUGAUAUGGACACAGAUGGUGGUGGCUGGACUGUGAUCCAGCGACGUGUUGACGGCUCAGUGAGCUUUGACCGUAGCUGGAGGGACUACAAGGACGGCUUUGGUGACCUGCACUCAGAGUUCUGGCUGGGCAAUGAACACAUACAUGACCUGAGCACCCAGGGAGACUACAGCCUCCGCAUCCACCUAGAGGACUGGAGCAACAAGCACAAACAUGCCUUGUACCAGAGCUUCAGUGUGGAAGACGAGGAGCAUCAGUACCGUCUUCAUGUGUCAGGCUUUAGUGGGACAGUUUUGGACUCUUUUAGCUGGUACCACGACAAGCAGGGCUUCAGCACCCCCGACAGUGGCAACAUCUGUGCUGAGAUCUCCCAUGGCGGUUGGUGGUACAACCAGUGCUUCUAUGCCAACCUUAAUGGGGUCUACUACAGGGGAGGCCAUUACACCCCUAAAGGCCGGGGGCCGCUGGGUCCUGAUGGGAUCGUCUGGUACUCCUGGAGAGACUCUGACUACUACUCCCUACGCAAAGUCAGCAUGAUGAUCCGGCCACGCACCUUCCGAACCCGUUUGUCACCCUGACCCACUGUCACCAUGACAACAGUUAGGACACAGGAACAAUACAGGGAUCACAUGGUGAUCUCACUGGGACGCCGUGGUGAUGAUAACGUCCAGUGAUUGACUUUUUAUUGACAGAGCUCAUUGAGAAGGAAUGAAUGUCAGUUAUGUCAACAACAGCUUUUGUUGCGAGUGAACCCACAGGGUAACCUGGAAAUGGUCUCUCUUCUGCUGUUUUUUAAAGCUACUUUCAAAUGUGACUGGUAGACUCAAUAUUCUCAUAACUGUGGACUCAAAACUUUAUACUGUUGCGUUAUUUUUGGGACAUGGACAUUUUUCAUUCAUUCAUGGGAAGUGAUUUCUUGCGUAUUUUCUACGUCUAUUUUGUACCUUUAGUUUGAUACUUUGAAUCUUGACACAAUAUUAGCAACCCAGCCAAAGGACAGGUACAUUUGUAUGUGUUGACAGAUGAGUGAAGCUUCUACUAACCACUGAGAGGAGGCAUGUCCAAACGGCAGGCACGUGAGACUGUUUAUUGAACACUCAGCAUAUGGUGUGUGCUUAUUGCAUAUUUAUGAUUUUCCAGUUUUAUUCAUUUUGAAUUUUAAGCCAACUAUGAAUUUAAUCAGUUGUGUAAACUUUGCUGAAAUGAAAAGGGUUUUAAUAUUAUUACUCAAACAAUUCAAUACAUAAGAACACUAAAUUAUAUUAGAUAUAAUAACCCCACUCCCCUUUAAGUGCUGUCUCACUGUCUAGGGUCAGGCAGAGAAGAUGUGCUA